GUGAAUCAAUCGGCAGCUCAGUUACAAUGCUUUAGGAAUCGGAGAUUGUCGGAGGGAGAGAGAAAACUUAAAUUAUAAGUGCAAGGACGGAUCAGGUGAGGGAAGGCCCUUUGUACCCUGUAUGGUACUCUUCUUCAUCUUGCCGAAGAGUCUGUUGGAACGUCUUUCUCAACCUCUAUUUUUUGUGCACAUCCGAUCCAAAAAUGGCGUAUCGGAUCAAUACGCCGCUCCGAUGCCCUUCCGAUUCGCUGCUUAUCUCGCCCAUACACUAUCGACAAAGCCUUCGCGCACACAAUCUCUUCCCUUUCUCCUUCCCUCCCGCAAAGAUUUCUUAUUCUAUUACUCGGCGCCGUAGCUCCCUGUCUGUGAGGUCCCAAAUGGCGACGCAAGAUAAAUCAGUCUCCGAGAACAGAAUGUUGGUGUUUGUUCCUCCACAUCCGCUGAUCAAGCACUGGGUUUCAGUUCUCAGAAAUGAGCAUACUCCUUGCGCAAUCUUUAGAAAUGCGAUGGCUGAGUUAGGGAGGUUGCUUAUGUAUGAAGCAUCACGAGAUUGGCUUCCUAUCAUAACAGGGGAGAUCCAAUCACCAAUGGGUGUUGCGCCCGUCGAAUUUAUUGAUCCCAGGGAACCUGUGGCGGUUAUUCCUAUCUUGAGAGCUGGUCUUGCUCUAGCAGAACAUGCAUCAUCAAUUUUACCUGCAUUGAAAACUUACCAUCUGGGGAUCAGCAGAAACGAGGAGACACUUCAGCCAACUGUAUAUUUAAACAAAUUACCUGAAAGUUUUCCUGAAGGAUCCAGAGUUUUUGUUAUCGACCCAAUGCUGGCAACAGGUGGUACAAUAGUUGCGGCGCUUGACCUGAUAAAGGAACGCGGGGUUGACAACAAGCACAUUAAAGUGGUAUCUGCUGUUGCCGCUCCUCCAGCUCUUCAAAAGCUCAGUGACAAGUUCCCUGGGCUUCAUGUAUAUACCGGAACCAUUGACCCAACCGUCAACGAGAAAGGGUUUAUAAUUCCUGGACUCGGAGAUGCAGGAGACCGAAGCUUUGGUACAUAGAUCUGCUAAAUUAUAUGCCUAUCCAAAGCCCCUUGUAUUUGUCACACAUCUUCAAUUUUUGACAGUAUAAGCUUUUCGCAUUAUUGAGUAGUAGGAUGGUUAUGCGUUCUGUUCCUCUUCCGAACAAGAAAUUGUUUUAGCAGCGAUCUGCUUUCUGGUUGAUUUUUGUUCAGGAACUACUAAUUAAUAUGGUAAUGGAUGUAAUGAACUUGUUCCUUCA